AUGACAUCUCGGCGGGGCGGGAGCGAGGGGUAUAAAAGUCCUCCCAGCCCUCCGAGCAGCGGUUCGGAGGACAAUGGUUUCACUAACCGACCUCGAGUGGUCGGACUCUACGUAAAAAAUCUGAGCAGAGAAGAAUUGGAUGAAUUGGCAAAAGAGGGUAUCUACGGACCAACGGGAAAUCCGAACGAUCGACCUAGAGACAGCGGUAGUCAGAGAAGUCUUAAUCUCCCAGGUAGCAGCAGAGACUUUGACGCUCAGGAUUAUAUCAGAGGAGCGAUCUCCAGGACACCUCAGCCACUCAGAAGAGCCGGCGUUGGAGUCAGACAUCGGGAAUUCAAUGAGAACUUAGUGCGGAGAGACCAUCAUGGCUCGCUUCCGGUGGAAAAAAGUUGGCCGAGACGACUGGAGGAUCGUCCGGGGCAGGCUUCGCCGGAGAGGUCCGCUCGAGGAUCCUCCGAGUUUCCUGUCGGUUGGAGAGAGCCGUUCGUACGGCCCGGCAUAUCUUUGUCUUCCAGACAAAGUUCCAUCAAUGUGCAAAUCAUUGACGAUGAGCCUCGAUCACGUCGCUUCGGAGAAAGCUCGAGAUACUCCGAAGGACCCUCGCCCCGUGUUCCUUCCACGAGAGAACCCGAUAGAGACCAACGGUCGUCGAAGUCGGUCGAGCGAUCGCCGCCGUUGUAUGCGGGUCUAAGUCCGCCUGACUACACCGAGUACGAAGAAUUGCAAGUGGCCAAGAUUCGCCCUAAAACUACGACAAGAGUUUAUCGGAAUGGCGACAAGGAAAGUGAGCCGUACAAACAUCCAAGUUCACUGGCGGAAGAGAACCAAGAGGACAUCGCGAUUUUCAAGACGAUGAACAUUGGCCGAGCGAAAGAAAUUCCAAGUCAAUCGCGAACAUCUCCGGUGACGGAAAAACCAAUAUCUCCAGAAUCUAAGAGCGAAUCCCCACCGAUUAAGAGAGUCGGCUCCAGAGUGCAAGACAGCACGAGACUACGACCGCCAUUGGCCGGAACUGCCGGGACUUCCGCCGAUUCCGGUACCGGAGAUUCCGGAAGUGCGGAGAUCCAGGCGGAUGUCGUGACCCCUCAAGCUGCAUCGGAUGACGUUCUCGAUUCUAGCGUGUCCAAAAUCGAGGACAAGUCACCAAGCGCGAGGACAUCCAGCACCAAGGGCGGCAAGCAAACGGUGAAGCCAUUCACGAAAGAAAGUCUUGACAGGUUGGAAAACAAGACUGUGCAAUUAGUGCGCGAAUAUGGCUUUCAACCUAAGAAAAAAAUGUCGGUGGAAGAUGGUGCCGUACUGCCAAAUAAAUUCGAACCAUUUCCGAGCAAGCUCUAUGGCAGGCCAUUGGAGGAAAUCGACAAUUUCAUUUACGACGAGACGUUCUGCGUGGUGUCCAAGAGGUUUCGCAAGAACUACAUCCAUAGAUUUACAGCGACCAAUAGUUGGUUCAUAUUCUCCCCGUGGAAUCCUGUGCGACGAUUCUGUAUCUUUCUAAGUACAAAUCAGUACUUUGAUUACGUGGUCAUGACUACUAUACUUCUUAAUUGCGUCUUCCUGGCCAUGACCGAAACCAUGGAGGAAGCAGAAUAUGUCUUCCUAGGCAUAUACACGGCGGAAAUGGUGAUAAAAUCAAUAGCGAAGGGAUUUAUACUGAACAAGUACACUUAUCUACGGAAUCCAUGGAAUUGGUUAGACUUCGUGGUGAUAACCAGCGGAUACGCGACUAUGAGGAUGGAAGUCGGGAAUCUGGCUGGUCUCAGAACGUUCAGGGUGUUGAGAGCACUUAAGACUGUAUCUAUUAUGCCAGGUUUAAAGACUAUCAUCAACGCAUUGUUGCACAGUUUCAAACAACUUGCCGAAGUAAUGACACUGACGAUUUUCUGCCUGAUGGUUUUUGCACUGUUCGCUUUGCAGGUUUAUAUGGGAGAACUUAGAAAUAAAUGCGUGAAGCAUCAAGAGCCGAAUACCACGCAAAUCGAUUGGGUCGAGUGGACUUGGAACUCAUCCAAUUGGGCAUUCAACGAGGAUGAGGAGCCAAUCAUUUGCGGCAAUGUAACUGGCGCCAGGCACUGUAACGAAAGCUACACUUGUCUCUGCGUUGGCCCUAAUCCAAACCACGGUUACACCAACUUCGAUAAUUUUCUAUGGUCAAUGCUCACUACCUUUCAACUGAUUACCUUGGAUUAUUGGGAGGAUGUCUACAAUAAGGUGUUGUCGGCAUGCGGACCUAUUAGCGUCUCGUUCUUCACAGUAGUCGUAUUCUUUGGAUCUUUUUAUCUGCUAAAUUUAAUGCUGGCCGUCGUGGCGUUGAGUUAUGAAGAGGAAGCCGAGAUUACAAACGAGGAACGAAGGAAAGACUUGACGGACCAUCGCGAGGACUCAACGUUCAGUUUCGACCCGUCAAAGAUCAACAUUAAGACCUUAACGAAAGAUAAACAGAAGAGGAUAGACGCUCGUAAAGGUGUAUUGCUCAGUAGUUAUACAAGAAAGAAGACGCGUAGAAGAAAACGUGGAAGGAGCAGCGCCGGUCAGGAGAAAAACGGUGGUGCUCGCAGCAGGUCCGUGACACCCAGCCCGAGUCCGAGUCCCAGGCACUCCAAUGUACGACCCUGUCACUUGCCGCUCCAGAACGUCAGUCCUAGACUACCGGAACCCAAUACGGUCCACCGGCUGGCACCGAAUCGGGGCAUGCUGCACUCUAGACAGGCCAGUAACAACAGUAAUCAGCAAUCGUCGUUAGAUGACUCGGGGGUGGUGGACGAUCACGAUGGCGACGACGUCACAUCGGCCGAGGAACAGCACGAUAAACGCGAGACGCGGGAACAUCGCGCCGAGAGAUCACAGGAGAAAUCCCCGAGAGAGCAUGGCAAGACUCAGUUGACUCAACCGCAGCCACGUCUAGACUGCCCGCCAGCGCCGGUUACGGUAUCGGUGAGGACUGGUAACCGGGAAAUUCGGGUGCUCAAGUGCAAUGGGGUCAAAACCAAGAAACAUAUGUACACGCUGCCGCCAGAGUACCUGUCGCACAUUGUAGUUUUAGAUGAUCUUCCAGAUAGAAACUGCGAUAAAUGUAUUCAAUGCUGCGUAGAUUAUGAAGGAUGGCUACGAUUUCAAAACGGCCUGUAUAAGGUGGUGAGAGAUCCCUUGUUCGAGCUAACGAUCACCCUUUGCAUCGUUUUAAACACCGGUUUCCUGGCGAUGGAGCAUCAUGGCAUGAGCGAGUCAAUACGGCAAGCGCUCAACAUCGGCAACAAAGUGUUCACCAGUAUUUUCACAUUCGAAUGCUUCUUGAAACUCCUGGCGCUAAGUAAGGACUUCUUUAACAACGGCUGGAACAACUUCGAUUUAAUCAUUGUCUCCGCGUCGCUUAUCGAUUUAACAUUCGAAUUGGUGGACGGUUUGUCAGUGAUACGUGGUCUCAGGCUGCUACGUGUUCUGAAGCUUGCGCAAUCCUGGACGACCAUGAAGGUUCUCCUCAGUAUUAUCAUUUCGACGAUCGGCGCACUCGGUAAUUUGACCUUCGUCCUGGUGAUUGUGAUUUACAUAUUCGCUGUGAUCGGCAUGCAGUUGUUUAGUAAAGAUUACAGUCCGGAUAAGUUCUAUCCGGAUCCAGUACCACGUUGGAACUUCAAUGAUUUCUUCCAUUCGUUUAUGAUGAUAUUCCGCAUCUUAUGCGGCGAAUGGAUCGAGCCGCUGUGGGAUUGCAUGCGCGCGGAAAGGGACGACGGACCAAGCACUUGCUUUGCCAUUUUUCUGCCGGCUUUGGUAAUGGGCAACUUUAUGGUCCUCAAUCUCUUCUUGGCGUUGCUACUCAACAGUUUUAAUUCCGAGGAGCUGAAACAGAAAAAGGAAGAGGUCGGCGAAGAAUCGAAGCUCGCUCGAUCAUUUGAUCGUAUACGGUCGAUCGUACGCAAGCAAAAGUACCGCAAGGAGAAUUCCGAAAAUGAAAAGAACAUUCGACUGGAACAGAUUGUGCGCGAAGUGAUGGACAAAUCGGAUAGGGAGAAAUACGCGAUUCAGGAGACCGUGCUGAGCCUUCCCAAAGACAAUAUUUACAAUAGAUCGUAUCAGGAGAGUCUCAAUCAGCCGGUCUUCACAUAUGAUCCGAUCUAUCGCCAAGCCACUCUUACUACUUAUAGCCAGAGCAGCCAAGAGACAGUUAAGGAAAACAAGAAGUUAACCGAGAAGGACAAUAGUAACGAAACCAAUACCGAAGAAAAUAUAGAGAUGAACGUGCUUAAAGAUACUAACAAAACGGAUGAAGAAGUGAGCAUGCUACCAGAAGAAAAGCCACCUGCACGGAACGAUGACAUGGAGAAACGACCAUGGCACGCUCUCGUAAGUUACGUGGAUGAACUCACGGUCGGAGGUAGAAGAGAUAGUAAAGGGAGAUACAUCGACGGGAUGGGCUCGUUCCCGGGCUUCGGUAGGAAUAAGGAGCGGAGGGAGCCGCUCGAUUGUUUUCCCCAACACUUUUAUCAAAAAUGUAGCUGCAUAAAUAGUUGCCUCGCUACUGAUAUCGGCAAGAAGUGGAUAAUGAUUCGUACGGCCGUUCUGUCAGUGGUGGACACACCUACUUUCGAAUGGAUUAUAUUAGUUUUCAUUUUUGCAUCUUCCAUAACGCUGUGCUUCGAGGAUAUCUACUUGGAUGACAAUCCUUUUUUAAAGAAGAUUCUCUACUGGACCAAUCUUGUCUUCUGCGCACUUUUCAGCAUCGAGAUGCUCUUGAAAUGGCUAGCUCUAGGCUUCUGUAAAUACUUCACCAGUUUCUGGACAAUCCUGGAUUUUAUAAUCGUUUUCGUAUCCAUGUUUAGUCUUUUGAUAGAGGAAAAUGAGAAUCUUAAAGUAUUACGAUCGCUAAGAACACUACGCGCUCUGAGGCCACUACGGGCGAUCUCGAGAUGGCAAGGCAUGAGGAUCGUAGUGAACGCGUUGAUGUAUGCAAUACCCAGUAUAUUCAACGUGCUCCUCGUCUGUCUCGUGUUCUGGCUUAUAUUCUCGAUAAUGGGCGUUCAAUUCUUUGGCGGCAAGUUUUUCAAAUGUGUCGACGAGUAUGGGGAAAUGCUCGACAUCUCGAUUGUGAAUACCAAGGAGGAGUGUUUCAGCAAAAAUUACUCUUGGGAAAACAGCAAGAUCACUUUCGAUCAUGUUGGCAUCGCUUAUCUGGCUUUGUUUCAAGUGGCGACUUUCGAAGGAUGGAUGGAGGUGAUGGAGGAUGCCGUAGAUGCGAGAGGAGUUGAUCUGCAACCGCAGCGAGAGGCGAAUCUAUAUGCCUAUCUUUAUUUCGUUAUAUUCAUCGUCUGCGGUUCAUUCUUCACGCUCAAUCUUUUUAUUGGAGUGAUCAUAGAUAAUUUUAACAUGCUGAAAAAAAAGUAUGAAGGUGGAGUGUUAGAAAUGUUUUUGACCGAAAGUCAAAAACACUACUACACUGCCAUGAAAAAACUCGGUCGUAAAAAGCCACAAAAAGUUAUAAAACGUCCGAUGAACCAAUUCCUCGCAAUGUUCUACGACCUGUCCAAUUCUCGCAGAUUUGAAAUAGCUAUCUUCGUUUUGAUAUUUCUCAACAUGUUGACGAUGGGAAUCGAACAUUAUAACCAGCCGCAUCCCAUUUUCUUUGUCCUUGAAGUAUCGAACGCGUUUUUCACGACCGUCUUUGGUCUAGAGGCGAUCGUCAAAAUAAUAGGUCUACGUUAUCAUUAUUUUACGGUGCCGUGGAAUCUGUUUGAUUUCCUACUGGUAUUGGCAUCAAUCCUGGGUAUACUGAUGGAAGAUAUCAUGAUAGACUUUCCUGUGUCCCCGACGCUCUUGCGAGUCGUGAGGGUAUUCAGAAUCGGCAGAAUCUUGAGGCUCAUCAAGGCUGCGAAAGGUAUCCGCAAACUGCUCUUCGCCCUUGUCGUCAGUCUUCCAGCGCUCUUUAACAUUGGGGCUUUACUGGCCUUGAUUACGUUCAUCUACGCUAUUAUCGGCAUGUCUGUUUUCGGACAUGUUAGGAAACAAGGCGCAUUGGACGAUAUGGUGAACUUUGAAACCUUUGGUAGAAGUAUGCAGCUGCUAUUCCGCUUGAUGACCUCGGCCGGGUGGAACGAUGUAUUGGAAUCGCUGAUGGUGCAACCACCAGAAUGCGAUCCCACACCAAACAGUCGACAAAUGAAUGGAGAUUGCGGAUACCCUUUGCUAGCGAUCACGUACUUUACAUCAUUUAUUAUUAUUAGCUACAUGAUAGUCAUUAAUAUGUAUAUUGCCAUCAUCUUAGAAAAUUUCAAUCAAGCUCAUCAAGAAGAGGAGAUUGGUAUUGUCGAGGAUGACUUAGAAAUGUUUUACAUCCGAUGGUCGAAGUACGAUCCACAUGCAACUCAAUUUAUCAGUUUCUCGCAGCUGAGUGAUUUUAUAGCGAGCCUAGACCCACCGCUGGGGAUAUCAAAGCCCAACGUCGUAGCGUUGGUUAGCUUUAAUCUUCCUAUUGCAAAGGGUAACAAGAUUCAUUGUCUGGACAUCCUGCACGCACUCGUCAAGCACGUUCUCGGGCACGUCGAGGAAUCGGAUGAUUUUAGGAAGCUGCAAGAACAAAUGGACAUUAAGUUCAAAAAGCAGUUUCCAACUAGGAAAGAAUUAGAAAUAGUGUCUUCCACAAGAAUCUGGAAGCGACAAGAUAAAGCUGCCAGGUUGAUUCAACGUUCCAUAAGGGAAUACAUUGCGCUGAAAAAGGAGCGCGAGAGAAUCGCUCAAGAGGUAGAUUCGCAAACGCAAACUUCAAGUCCAGGAAUGGAUGGUAGGGGCGGAAGUGGAUGGAGCGGUAAAUUAUCGGCUCUGCUGCACGUACACCGGGGUAGCCGGGCUAGUAGUCGCAAGUCCUCCAGGGCCAGCGACGCCAGCGAUCUCAGCGAACUCGGCACCGCUUCGGCGUGGCUGUUUCCGAAUCUUCCUCUGCUGUUGCUCUCCGGCGCCACCGGGACCCACGAGGACCUGCAACCUCCGGCACUGACCGUGUCUCGUCCCUCACCUACUACCGAACAACCUUCUGCCGCUUCCAGCUCCGGCUCGGACUCUCACGUCACUGUCAGAUCGUUAGGCCCCAUGCUGGGUCGGCAGGACGCAGUGGAGAAAUAUCCAGAGGAGGAUGUAACCAGCCCGCCGAUUUCGAAGCGCGGCUCAACUCUGAGGCCGAGUGGCACCGCUCUCUCGCUCAAUGCGCUGCAGCGGGACAUCAAGGAGGCAUUUAAUCGACGUUGCAGUAGUCUGAGACGACGGGCGCCACCACCAGAGCCGGUACGGCUGCCGAUUGAGGGUAGCGAUAGGGUAAGCAUCCUAGUGACAGAGCCAAGCCCGGAGAACACGGCACCGCCUACGAGACCACCGCUACUUCGGCAGCAAUCAGAAGCGACAGUGGUGCACGUGCUAGUGCACAGAGAGAGCGAGGAAUAUCAAGAUACACCGGACGACAGCUGAUCCUAGUUGACAGUAAGCGAUCAUGACGAAUAGCGAUAGACAGCAGCGAUGACUCAUGUCAGUGAUAAUACAUACGUAGACGUAUAUAUGUAUAUACAUAUGUAAACUUUUAACACAGCGCAGUUCUAACUAGAUAGAAUGAUGAUCCGCGUAGCUUCUUCUGGGAAGUGGAUCUCCUCGAGAUGAAGUUGCGUAUGAAUGUAUGUGUCAAGUAUGCGUGUGUCGUCGAAGUGUCAAAUGAAACUGUACGUAGCAAUGGUUCUCGGCCGAAGAAAUUAAUGGCGACAGUAAUACUUCUUCUCUGAAUUGAAAUGCUCUUCUGAAUAUCUAUUAUUAUUCUUACAAAAGCGCAUUUUAUAUCGAAUUUGUUAUGUCUUCAGUUUUAGAAAUACGAUCAAAAUUGAUUGAUUGCGCUUGUAAUUACUACGAAAAUGCUUCCUGAUUCUAACGGUAAUUAUCUAUAAUAGAUAUGCCAGUAUAAUUAUUAGCAUUGUAUUAGAGAAGUGCUAAUCAUGUAACGAUUUAGUGCUAUCUUGUUGUAAGUAGUAUUUACAAUGAUGUUGAUGUAACAUUUUAUUUUUAACAAAAGUAAAAAUUUUAGAUGCUUUUUUAGAUGCUUUCAAAAAUUAUGCCUUGCAAAAUAACGUAACUACAAAAUAUUUAUUACACAAUUUUUCAAACAUUUUUUCAAUCAAAAGAAUUACUUCUUGAGAUGAUAAAUAUUUUAUUCAUUAUCAUAAAGAAAAAAAGGUUGAGAGCCAUUGCAUCAGAAGACGAAGAAAGGGACAAGGAUAAGGUUGAAGAGAAAUUUUCGACAAUUUUUCCAUUGAAAUCACAGAUGUCUUUCGGGGAACUUGGACAUGAUUACUAUGUGGACGUCUUACUUUUUGACGAAAAUGCAUAUACCAUAUACUGGGUUCCCUAAUGACGAACGCAAAUUAUUUAAAGAAUUGCCAGCGUAGCGGAAAUACCAGAUGUAGCCGUUUUGAAAAAACGAGAGCACGAUUUGUUAGAGAAUGCAUCAGUUCUCGAAAGUGGGUCGAAAUUUGAUAAGAUUCAAAUUUGCAAGUUAAAGAUAAUAAGUACAAGUUUGGACAGAAUUUGCAAUGAUUUCGACGAUUGCUUUGAUCAAUGAAAAUUAUUAUCACAUUAUUAUAUCAAUAUAAAGUUGAUCUCUAGUAUUAGAUAUCAGUGUACAUAGUAUAAAUAACGAACACUUUAUUAAUUUUUGCUACAAAAAGAUCCACAUUGAUGCGAUUGACGAAUCAUUACUAAUAUUAAUAUUGUCGUAAAUUCUAAGAGCAUUUCUAACGCUUUUCAAGAACAUUUUGAAAUAUAGAUGUUAAUACACUUUAAUCGCGCACACUUUUCGAUCAUACUUAUAUAUACAAAUUGUCCGUAGUAUUUUACCGUAUUACUUUACAUUAACGGUUUUGUCUAUGCUAUAUAUAAUUAGUAUCAAAUGUAAGGCAUAGAAAAAAAAUCUUAUCGGUCAGAGAGAAAAAUAUUGCAUUGAUCGCGAUGAAUAAGAAACAUAAUUAUAUUAUGAAUACAUUAAAUUAUAAAUUAUUCAUCCAAAAUAAUCAGCGCUAGUAGAAGCUCUUAUGAAUAUAUUCGAAUUUAUUGCAUAAUCUCAAUUAUCAAUAACUAUUUUAAAAUAAGAUUCAAUUGUCAAAAUGACGACCUUUCAUCCGAUAGCGACUAUUUCUAGUAAGUUACGCUACUCUGGUUAAAAAUAUGCUUUUGGUUUAAUUGUUGAAUUUGCUCCUUCAAAUAAAUAUUUGAAAAAAUUUAAUAUCUUUCUCUCUUUUUCAACGUAUCUAAACAAUUAUGUAUGUAUAGGCAUAAUAUUUAAAUUAUCACUUUAUUUUUAGUCAAAUUAUAUAAAUAGUAAGACAAAUCGGUGCUUCAUUAUAUAUUUAGAUUUUAUUGUUUAUCAAGAAGGAGAGAGAGAGAGAGAGAAAAAUAAUUUACGCAUUUUAUAUGUAGAUCAUGUACAUAUAUGUGCCCAACACCAAAACUCUAAAUCAAGAAUUUUAAAAAUAUUAAUAUCUUUUAAUAUAUUAAAAUUACAAAUUGAAUUUUUUCUCUAUAGAGAUAAUUGGAAUUUUUAACAAUAAAAUAUUAAACUAAUUAUUCAAAAGCGCUUGUGCAUGAUAUUUGUAAAUAUCAUGUACAACAGUUUAUACUUAUUAUUUCAUUAAUAAUAAUAAGAUAAUAAGUAUAAACUUAAAAUAAUUAUCUUAUUAACUACAAAAUCGAUCUCAAUCAUUUGCUUACUAUUUCAAAUAACGUUUCAGAGCGCGUUACUUAAUUUCAUUAAAUUAUUGUAGGCGUUGCCCGGUAGCUUUAUAAUUCUGAUUUACCAUGGCUUCAGCGAUAUCGAGAGAAUAAUUCUUUGAAUUCGUGCGUACAUACACAUAGAAAUGCUUUUCUCUCGGUAAAGAUAAUAAAAAUGAAUUUUUUUGCUAACUCUAUACAUUUAUACACGUCGUGUGUGAUCCUUGUCUCUUACAUCGUAAUUAAGAGUCGGACCAAAUCUAGGCACACAUUCGACUCCGUUGAACGGUUUUUUUCUCGGAAAAAGAAAAAGACAAAAUCUAGAUUGUUAGCACAUAGAUAAUGCAGACCGCCCGGAGUUUGCUAUAUACGAAGAACGAAUUUUAUCGGUAUACAAAAAGAGUACUGCCUCAAAUCUUAGGGUAAAUUACUCGCUAACGACGAAAAAGAUCGAAAAAAACGAGUAAAAUAUAGACAAAGAUAUAAUGUGGCUUCCUUCGGUGAUCAUAAUUAUUUUCGUAUUUAAAGUUCGCCGAUUCUGUUUCUUUCUUCAUGAUAGUACAGGAUUUUCAAUAAUUGAAUAAUUGAAAAAAAUAGAUAUGUGUAACAUUUUAUAACUCUUUCAAAAUUUAAAUUAAUUUUUACCACAAAAAUAUCAAGCCAUAAGUAGUUUUCAAAUUGUAAGCAAAUAAAAGACUUUAAGAAUCUCGAAUUCGAUUAUCAAUGAUAAUAUUAAUCGCAUAAUCAAUAGAUCCGCUUUUUAAAGAAAAAUCGUUUAAAACUCGCCACAAUCAUAAUUCACAUACAUUGCAGGAUUUUUAAUUUUCUCAAGUUUAUGUCAUAUUAUUCACAGUUUAACCAAUUAUAAAUUCUUUGGCAUUCUUUUUUUUUUUGCUAUAAUUUAUAUUUUAUAUAAUUUUGUACAUAAGCUUGAGCUUAUUUGUACAGAGAACUUUGCGAAAUUAAAUUAAACACCAACAAAUUAAAUAUUAAAUAAAUUUACAUCUUAUGAACUCUUUCUUUUUGAAAACAGAAAACGAUGAUUGAAAUGUGGGUCUUAAAAAUAUCAUUCUUUUUAUUGAGCCUAAUACCGUAUCUACAUCUUAUCGUUAUUAUUAAAAAAAUAUGAUUUGCAAAAAGGAAAAGCACGUGAGGCUGGCUUUUGUUAGGUUUCAUUGGUUUAAAAACCACUUCAAAAAGCAAAAAAAUUCAUGCGAAUACACAUUCGGAUUUUCAUAUGUACAACGAAUUAUUUUAAGGGACACCUCGUAAUCGUAUUUUUUAUCCUAGAUAAGUGUUAUGUUUUGCGAGAUGAAUUUUUCGAAAAAUUUCCAACAUCGUUAUUUCAAAAAGGAGGAGAUAUCAAGUUUUCCUCUACAGUUCUUUUCCUUCUUCAUAGACAAAAUGUUGCUGCUAAAAUGCCACAACCUCACGCGUUGACCUAUAGUGCCUAUUAUCAAUUAGCGGACACACCGAAUGAUUAGAUAUUAUUAUUGAAAACCAUUUUACAAGCAUCCCAGUUCGCGUAGCGCAAAUAUCUGAUUGAUAUUCUUGGGUAUUUAAAGCAAUAACAUCUCCACAUAAAACAUUAUAAUAUAAUAUAUAUGAUAAUAAUAAUAAUAAUAAUGAUAAUUUUUUUAGGCAUUUUAUUGAUAUUUACCCAAAAUACUAGAAACUAAUAAAAAAAUGAAAAUUGUCUUAAAACUCAUUUUAUUGCUUAAUGAAAAAUUUCUUAAAUAAAUUUUAAUAAAUAAAUUUUCAAUAUGUCAAACAUCUCUCUUUAUGAGUUAAAGACUAUUAAAUUGAAAUAUUGAAAUAUUUUUUCAGUGUCGAAGAAUACGAAUUAAAAUCAUAUAUAAAAUUUUAUUUGCAGCAAAAAUUAAGUCAUUUUUAGUAUUUAGCAGAAUAAAUAUAAUACACUCAGAUAUUAACGCUACACGAGUCAAUAACGUUGAUACGUUAUGCAUAGAUUAAAUAAGAUCCGUAUAGUGUUAUAUUACUAUGUCGAAGACGUUAAUAAUCAUACCGUAGUGUACUUUUGUGCUUGAUAAGCUUGACAAUUCUGUUCGCACGUGCAUAUAUGAAAAAGAUAAAGGCGCAAAGAAAAGGAAGCGAAAGAACGUUUUCUCGAUAGACAAUCUAGUGGUAAAUCGGCGAACGAGUCCGGGAUCCUCGGAAGCUGGUUUUCACGAGGCAUAUAUAUGAUAAAAUAUUAUAUGUCAAUUAAAAUUAUAUAUACUGUAUGCAUACAUAUACGAGAGUGCAAGUACACAUAAAGUACGCAAAAAGAAAAAAAUUUGACAUAAAAUAUCUUGUCAUACGAUUGUGUACGCGCGCACAUUUAUAUUCCGUGUAUAUGCACUGAUAUAUGUAUAUGUAUGUGUAUAUAUAAGGUGAAAUAUUACAAUACUCUUGUUAUCAUAAAACAGAACGGAAGAGACUGGACGCGCAUAUGAUAUAUAUAGAAUUGCACUCUCGCGAGGUUGCAUCUUGUUCGACAACUAUUGUACAAUCAUGCGAGGGCGGAUUGCCCUAUGUAAGAGAAAUUACUUUAUAAUUAGAGCACUAUAAUUUAGCCUUUCUGAUUGCGCGUCUGCGUAUGUAUGCGAAUGAAAUAAUAAAAUCGCGUAUGCUCAAGCCUACACACAUACUCGUACUUGCUGAUAUAUACAUAUAUAACAUAUAUACACAUGCGGUAAAAUAUAUAUAUAAAUAUAU